AUGACGGCGGACAGCUUGUUCGAGACUACCAGCAUCCCAGGGCAUCUCGCUCCCACGCCCCAGAGAUUGGAGAGGCUUCUCUCGAAACAGACCCUCGAGGAGCUGUACGAGGUCGAGGAACAACCUUUCGCACGGGAGAAUUACAUGCCCAAAACCAGUGACGCUGGAACUUUUAUUCACGAUUUCUCAACGUUUGUUACGUCUGUGUGGCUAAUGCGUUGCAUAUCGAUCGUUGUACAAAGUGUGAAUAGAAUUGUUGUCUCGCCAAAGGUAUUUCCAAAAUUCGAAAUUCUAAUGCUUGGAAUUCCUCACAAUGGAAAAUAGUAGGCAAGAGGGAGGAAAAAUAUAAUCUCUCCGAGCACAACGAAACAGACCCGACAGUUCGUUUCACCGAGGCAGAGAGAUCUCCUGCUUCGACGAAUCGUUUCGAACAAUCGUUAGUUCAGGUUCUAGGUAAGGAACAGUCGUGACACAGCGACAUUCCGAUCGCUCUCGCGACAUCUUAUUAACAUCCCCUCUGCACGAUAGCGGCGAUUAUCGGGCGAUACAGAUACAGCGGAUGAUAAAGCGGUCGCGGCGUUCCGUGUCGGGGGCCUCUUCUUCAGCUUCCCGUCUCUUUAAUUAUAUUUAUCAGGUCGUUGGAUCGGAACGACUCGCCGUGCAGCGAGAUCUCGCGUUCGAUCGUCGCAAACUCUCUCUCUCUCUCUCUCUCUCUCUUCCUCUCUUCUUUUCAGGGGGGAAAAAAAUCACAGUGGCUGGAUCUUCACGGGUGAGAAAAUACGAUGGUAUGCGGCCUGGCGCGCGAGCUACAUCAACGAACAAACGUUGCCUUCUUCUCAAGGUCACGCCGUGAUCAUUGUCCGUUCACUGCCGCGAUCGAUAACUCUCUUCUUUCCCUUGGAUCACGCGUUCUACGUACAAAGUCGACGGAAGAAGCCACCCAGUGCCGCCUGUGCCGUGACUCUUCAGAGAAAUAUAACGAGAAAUUCCAUUCCGUCGUUGUUGGUCGCCGUAUUUAGACUGGCUGGCCCGUGUUACAAAGGCACGACGAAUAUUACAGAGUAUAGAGAGAUGUAGCAUAUGGUAGAGGUUAGACAAAGUAACAGCGUGAGUCUCUUUAGGACCAUCGAAUCUAAAUCACUUUGUCGUUCUUCUCGCCGAAGAGAUUCUUCAAAUAACGAGAAAGAUCUAUGAUUCUAAUUACUUUUCCGUAAUGAAAACAAAUGCCCGAUUCCUCUGGCAAUUGUUUUCAUGCUGAAUCUAUAAUGGACUUGUAAUAUAUAAUUGUAAUUUAGAAUAUGAUAAUAGAACGUGGAUAAUUAUCAAAGAAGUACGACUGUCGGACGAAGAUUCGUCUUAUCUGUGA